AUGGCCCCUGCCGAUGAGCUCCAUGUGGCCCUCGUCAACGCCGAAGUAACAGGCGUCACCCCAGAAGAAGAAGCAGAGUGGACCGAGAAAUUCUACCGUACCCUCGAAAACGCCCAACCAGACCAAGUAAUGGCCGCCAUGAUCCACCCCCGGUCAGCAAAGCUCGUUUCUACGCUCCCAGAAACCGUCUUCGUCGAAGCCCUCUGUCUACUCUCUCCGGCCCAUUUCAUCGAGCCCUACCGCGACCUGCAUCACGCCCUUCACCCCUGGUCCACUCUCUUAGCAGGCAUCAAGCGCCUUGAGAACCGCUUCGACGAGUUCACUCACAACCUCCUCACCAUCCGCGAGUAUCGCAUUGAUGGCCCCUAUGCCAUGGGCCUAGCUGAGUACACACAUCUCCUCGCAUGCGCCGCAUCAAUGGGCAACGAGGCCCUCACCCAUAAGAUCUGGCACUGCAUCUUCCACGAAGGCCUCGUGCCCAACGCUGCAUGCGCCGAGUAUUUCACCGAAGGCCUUGUCUGGUCGCACUGCUACGACGGCGCCCCGGCCUACCGGCUCCGGCCGCUGGAGCGCCAUCUGCGCAACCGCAGCUUCUCGCAGUGGUCUUCGUGGCACGCACGAGUGCGUGGACCCGAGUGGGCGGGGUUCGGCGCGGGCAGAUAUGACGUGCUGCGUUUUGUGGAAACGAUGGUUAAUGGCCGGCAUAGGCUAGGCCAACCGCCUGACGAGCGGAUGUAUGUGUCGCUGAUGAUUGCGGCAGCGCGGAUGGGGAAGACAGAUGGUAUUCACGGGGUGUUGAAGACGGCGUGGAAUGUGGAUGUGGAGGCGUUGAAGAGUGGGGAGCUAGAGAGGAGGCCCGUUGCGGUGCCGAUGGAGCGCAGCUCGGCGUUGUACCCUGGGCAGCGGUUGCUUUUUGGGAUUGCGCACGCGUUGGGGACGAACGGGGAUAUUUUUGGGCAGCCGAGGACUAGAGGGCGGGAUAAGGAGGCUGCGAGUGUUGGGCAGGUUUCGUCGGAGUUGGUGCGGAUUAUCUUCACCACUAUGACAGAGGAGCCAUAUAAUGUUGUCCCGAAUAUGUUGGCAUGGCGGUUUAUGAUGAAGAUCAGCAUGACGGAUGGCACCCUGGAUGAAUUCAAGGGCUAUGCGCAAGAGGCGUAUGACUUGCUGCGCAGAACAAGAGCACGGCAGGCGGAGGCAUACGAGCUCAUAAUUCGAUGUCUACAGCCAUCACUGGGUGCGGCAGUAAGGCAGAUAAAGCGAGAAGGCCAUGACAUCAGGACGGCGAGGAAGCAUGGUGUUCUACACCACACUGACCACUUUGACUCCCCGCAUCUCUCAGAUGCAAUCAGCGCUUAUGAGAUUAUUCGGCUAGAGGUUUACCAACAAGAGUACCUCCUCAAGCGCACGAUAUUCAACGCCCUCCAGGUCCGGGAAUGGGCGGGCACGCCAGACGAACAAUGGUAUUACCAAGAACGGCCAAAAAUGAUGCAGGAAUGGAAGGAUUUCCUUCCAGAAAAGAUCGUACUGACCACUCCCGACGGCAAUAAGAACGCACCAAUCAAACGAUAUAGAAACGAUAAAAACCUCUUUGCGCCGGCCGACACGCCUCAGUUACGAGAGGAAGUCAAAUGGGAUGAAUUACUCGCUGCAUACCCGUUCUUGGAUGAUAAGAAAACAGCGCCUUGCCUGCGCCGCGUGUUCCGAUUCCGCAAAGAACCCUCCGAGAAACUGAAGAAGCAUCUGCUCAGGCUUCGGACAUCCAGCGUUGAAUAUCCGCCUGACAACCCAUUGUCUUCCAAAAACAAUCCUAGCGGAGAGCUAUUCGGGCGUCUCGCUGCACUAGGGAUGCUGAAGUCCCCAAAACAUAGUGUGUACAGGCUGGAUGAUGAUUCGUUGAUUUAG